CUGCCCUUACUUUUGUGGGUAUCGAUAACCUUAGAAAGCAGAAUUUAUUCUUUGGUAAGUAUGAAUGCAGCUUUAGGGUAGUGUAAGCAGCGGGGCUCUUGUUUGGAAUGUACUGGGUCCGUCCCCCCCCCCCCCCACUGGCCUGUGUAGAAGACUGUGCUGAUUAUUCCUUCAAACUCGGAGGGACUGUGAGUUUCUGUACAAAGUUUCACCGCAGGAAAAAACAAACAUCAGCCAGUACAUAUCAUCAUGUCUUCCAAUGAAGUGAGAGCCAAGGCUGAAUUCCUUGAGGGCACAGAACAAGACCUACAGUAUGUUGUACACAAGGUUGCUGCGCUGCCCUUGGUCAGCUCUGCCUAUGAGAUGGUUUCUGCUACAUAUACUUCUGCCAAGGAAUCCCACCCAGCCAUCCAAGCAGUCUGUGAUGUGGCAGAGACAGGUGUGAAGACCAUUGCUACUUCUGCAGCAAGUAGUGCACAGCCUCUUCUGAGCAGACUGGGACCUCAAAUUGCUGCAGCAAACGUUUAUGCCUGCCAAGGUCUUGACAAGCUGCAAGAGACUCUCCCCGUCCUGCAACAGAGAGUGGAAAAGGUGGUGCUGGAUGCCAAAGGCCUUGUGUCAGGUGCUAAGGACUCUGUCUGCACUAAAGUCACUGAAGCAACCGAUAUAGCAUCAAGUAUGGCAGAUGUAGCCAAAGAAGCUGUCCAGGAAGGCAUGGGGAUGGCCAGGUCUGCAAUGACAAGUGGCAUGAGCACCGUGGCAGAGAGCACUGUAGGGCAGAUAGUUGCUGGCUGUCUUGACAAAGCAAUAGAAACAUCGGAUCAAUUGCUAGACCACUAUCUCCCAAUGACUGAUGAAGAGCUAGCUGCCCUUGCUACCUCGGUAGACCCAGAAGAUUCUGGAGUCAGUCCCUCUGGAAUACAGAAACAGCCGCAUGGUUAUUAUGUACGUCUGGGUUCCCUCUCGGCCAAGCUCCGCAACAGAGCCUACCAGCAUUCCCUGGGAAAGCUGCAAAAUGUAAAGCAAAGUACCCAAGUGAUACUGCCUCAGCUUCAACAAGCCAUUGAGCUGAUUGCAAAUACCAAGAAGACCGUGGAUCAGAAAGUGUAUGAAGGCCAGGAGAAGCUGCAGCAGAUGUGGCUAGAGUGGCAGCAAACUCAACCAGGACAGAGCCAAACCACUAAAAAGAAUCUAGCCGAAAUGGAAUCCGAGGCUUUAAGCAUGUCCCACAAGAUUGCUCUGCAGAUGCAGGCUGUAUGCCAGAGCCUCCUGACCAACGUGCAGGGUCUCCCUGCUCCUCUUCAAGAGAAGGUGCAGCAAACCUAUGGCAACAUGGAAGAGCUGCAGACUACCCUCUCCAGGGCCAAAACCUUCCAGGACGUUUCCACUGGUAUCCUGAACGAGAGCCAGGAGAGGAUAAACAAGGCCCGAGAGGUUGUGGAUGAGGUCGUUGACUAUGUGAUGCAGAACACUCCUCUGACCUGGGUUGUGGGGCCUUUUGCUCCUGCUGGAACUCUUCCAGUUGAGCCCACAGAACUGACUGUGGAGGCCAAGGUAGAUGUGGAGACACAGGUAGAUGCUACGGUGGAUGUCUGAGAGAAUGCCAGCUCCAAAUUUCAGUUUCGGUUCAGGCUUGUAGGUAACAUCCCUCCCGUGGAAUCAUCUCUAGUUUAUUAGUAGUAAGAUUUGAGUAUCUAAAGCUGCAAUAGAUCUAUAUACAGUAUUGACUAACAAAAGGCUGAUAAUGGCAGAUACACUUGUUCAAGGAAUGUGUACCAGUCUUGGUGGUACUAUUGUCAGAAGAAUGGAAAGAUUUCAAAUGGACCAUCUUGCCUGAAAACUAGACUGCUUAGGAACUGGCAAAAUUGAAUGGUUCUCAUUCUAUGUGGAACCAUGUAUCUGCUAGUCUUGGACUCUUCUGAUCAGAUGCAACCUACAGAAAUCUAAGGGUUUGGUGUAGAGAAGAUACUUCUAUAUCCUGAAGUGCUUGUCUUUUGUGCUAUGUAUGUCUAUGCAAAUAAAACAUAACUGCAGUGAGA